AUGAAGCCAAAUUGUGAUAUUCCGUCCCCAUUUUACAGUCAUCUUCUUCGUGUGUUGAAAGAAUUCUCGGUGGAUUUGAGCCAACCUCAGCCAAGCAAAUUUUACUAUACUCGUCGUCUGCAAAAUUGUGUUUCUCCAAUUCAAACGCGAAGCGAAGUGCAUUGGAAUCGGCGGUUUGGUCCAGGAGUGAUUUGGAAAGAUAUCUGGAAAGAAAUUGCUCGCAGUAAGAAUGAUCCAGUUUUGCGGGAUUUUGAUUGGCGGACGGUUCAUCGUAUCCUACCGGUAAAUUCUCGCAUGCAUCAGUGGAAUUCACGGUUGCCGUCACGAUGUGUUCGGUGUGGAGCUCAAGUUGACACUUUAGAACAUGUGUUGGUUGAUUGUUCAAAGAUUAAAGAUAUGUGGAUGUUCAUAUUAAAUUUGUGUCAUCGAAUUGAUCCAUCUGUGAUUGGUUUGUCAGAGAAGAACUUAUUUUUGGGUUGCUUUUCACAACGGGGAACGAAGGAUUUCUUGCGUUAUCUAAUGUGUGUGGGCAAAUUUUCCGCUUGGAAAGAACGGGUUUCGUUACAAUUCAAGAAAGAUCAGAAAAUUAACUGUCAAAUAUAUUUCAAGAAUUACGUUCGACAACGACUUCAAAUAGAACAAUGCUUUCUAAGUGUGGACGCAUUUGUAUCAAAAUGGUGUAUGAACAAUGUUUUGGCGUGUGUAAGAGACGAUACUAUUGAGAUUUUAAUAUAG